AUGGGCAGCGACAUCGCGAAGGACGUCCGCGGCAGGUUGCCGUGGUACAGGGACGACUGGCGGGAGGGCUUCAACUCGGGCGUGAGGAUUCUUGCCCCUGCUUUCUAUAUAUUCUUUGCCUCAGCCAUCCCUGCACUUGCAUUUGGAGAGCAGAUUGACCAUGACACAGAUGGGGCUUUAAAUGGGGUGCAUGUGCUGACAGCAACAGCACUUUGUGGCAUCAUUCAGGCAAUGUUUGGAGGUCAACCCCUGUUAAUUGUGGGAGUUGCUGAGCCCAUCAUUCUUGUGUACACGUUCAUGUUCGAAUUUCUGGAUGGCCGCAACAAGAGGGAUCAGUUCCUGGCAUGGUCGGCAUGGGUGAACGUCUGGGCUGCUGUGUUCAUUUUCGUCCUUGCCUUGGCUGGUACCUGCAAAUUUAUAGACAAAUUCACAAGAUUCAGCGGGGAAUUGUUCGGCAUGCUCAUAGCUUUGUUGUUUUUGCAACAAGCCAUAAAGGGCUUGGUGGAGGAGUUCAAGAGGGAAGAUGUGGAGGUGGUGGUGGAAGGGGGGGAAGAGGGAGAUGGAGAGCUUCGAAAGCUGCUCAGCGGGGGUGAUGCCGUUGCCAAUAUGUACUCUUGGCGACUUGUCAACGGGAUUUGGGGUGUGGUUCUUGCCACCGGACUUCUGUUGACAUCUCUUCUUGUCCACGGUGCCCGUUCAUGGAGCUUUGGCAAGGGCUGGCACCGCUCUCUCCUUGCUGACUAUGGUGUUCCUCUUAUGGUCGUUGUGUGGUCGGGCAUUUCAUACUCUAUCAGUGGCACGCCAGAUGGCAUUCCCAGCAGACUGAGUAUUCCCAAUACCUGGGAUGUCAAGGACACUUGGAAGGUUGUACAAGACAUGGGUGACGUCGAGGGAUGGCUCAUUGGAGCAGCAGCCAUUCCAGGCUUCAUCAUCACAGCUCUGUUCUACUUCGAUCACAACGUGUCCUCCCAGCUGGCUCAGCAGAAAGAAUUCGCUCUCAAGAAACCCCCUGCAUACAGCUAUGACUUCAUGUUACUUGCCUGCAUGACUCUGAUGUGCGGGCUUCUUGGAAUCCCACCAGUCAACGGCGUCCUACCUCAAGCUCCGAUGCACACAAAGAGCCUGGCAACGCUGAAGAAACAGCUCAACAAGAGAGAUGCAAGGAGGGAGUUAGUUCGAAAUUCGCAAGCGCAGGGCCUCAGCAAGGGCAGUCUCAGCCAAUCUUCAACUGGCAGCUUCAAGCGUGCUUCUGUGGGGGUUCCCACGUCACCUGUGUCUCCCGACGCUGGGCUGGCUCGAAAGUCUGCAGGGCAUGAGCAGCAGAGGUCCAUGGUUGGAGGUAUCCCAAAAGUGCCAUCCGCUGCAAGCCUAAGCGAUGGGACAGCAGGGAAGAUGAUCAAGCAAUCGGCUUCGCAUCAGAGCCUGCUAUCCCUUACCAGUGGGGAGCGUGUCUCAAAACAAGACUUUGUUACACUGGAGGUGAAGGAGCAGCGACUGUCAGGCUUGCUGCAGGCAACUUUGGUGGCUGCCUGUUUGGGUUUGACGCCCAUCAUCAAGAAGAUCCCAAAGUCUGUGCUGUGGGGCUACUUUGCAUACAUGGCUAUUGAGUCCCUGCCAGGCAGCGAAUUCUGGGAGCGCAUCCUCCUGCUGUUCACAGACCCAAAGAAGCGUUACCAGCUGCUGGAGGCCGCCCAUGCACCCUACCUGGAGACUGUCCCAUUCAAUGUCAUCAUCCAGUUCACUCUCUUUCAGCUCAUCUUCAUGCUGUCGGUUUAUGCCAUCACCUGGGCAGGGGUCGCUGGGGUUGCCUUUCCUCUGGCCAUCAUGGCUCUAAUCCCCUUUCGGCAGUACGUUAUGCCCAAGAUGUUCUCUGCGGCGCACCUGCACGAGCUGGAUAUGGCGGAGUAUGAGGAGGCCCCACCCGUGGACCACAAUGAGGUGCUGCGGGAGAUGAAGAAGCAAGGCGUGAUCCCAGAGGAUGAUGAAGAGGAACGCCGCCAGGCUUUGGACAGGGAGGUGGUGGGGGAUAUGAUACCCCAGGUCAAACACCACCUGACCAGAGCUGAGCUGGAGCGACGGAAAGAGACCAUGGAAGUCGCCGAACCAUCCCGAGAGGAAGGGCUCCGCCACCGAAAGAAGGCGGAGCCGCUGCCGAGCUCGCCUGCCAGUGGAAAAGAAGGCCCUGGCCAGGCUGACAGCAUUGUAUGA